CACGCACCUCGAUGGUGCCAGGUCCCCGGCGGCGCUGCCGCACUUCCGGGCGCCGUUCCAGGAUGUGGAAGGUCUCGGUGCUGCUUUUCCUGGCCUGGGUCAGCUUCCUCUUCUAUGCUGGCAUAGCCCUCUUCACCAGUGGCUUCCUGCUCACCCGCCUGGAGCUCCCUAAUCGCAGCAGCUGCCAAGAGCCCCCAGGCCCUGGGCCCCUGUCGGGGGAGCAUCCAGGGAAGCCGGGGGCCUGCUGGAUAGCUCCCCGCUUCUCCCGAGUGGUUUUGGUGCUGAUCGACGCUCUGCGGUUUGACUUUGCCCAGCCCCAGCGUCCGCCUACCUCUGUGGAGCCACCUGUGCCCUUUCUCGGCAAACUAGGUUCUUUGCAAAGGCUAUUGGAGACCCAGCCCUACCAUGCCCGGCUCUAUCGAUCCCUGGUUGAUCCCCCUACCACCACAAUGCAGCGCCUGAAGGCCCUCACCACCGGCUCCCUGCCCACUUUUAUCGACGCUGGCAGUAACUUUGCCAGUCACGCCAUAGUAGAAGACAAUCUCAUUAGGCAGCUCAACGAUGCAGGAAAGCGUGUUGUCUUCAUGGGAGAUGACACCUGGAAAGACCUUUUCCCUGGAGCUUUCUCCCAAGCCUUCUUCUUCUCGUCCUUCAACGUCAGAGAUCUUCAUACCGUGGACCACGGCAUCCUGGAGCACCUCUAUCCAACCAUGGACAGCAGUGAAUGGGACGUGCUGAUUGCCCACUUCCUGGGUGUGGAUCACUGUGGCCACAAGCAUGGCCCUCAGCACCCUGAAAUGGCCAAGAAACUGAGCCAGAUGGACCAGGUGAUCCAGGGACUUGUGGAGCGUCUGGAAAAUGACACACUGCUGGUGGUGGCUGGGGACCACGGGAUGACCAUGACUGGUGACCACGGAGGGGACAGUGAGCUGGAGGUCUCAGCUGCACUCUUUGUAUACAGCCCCACGGCCCUGUUCACCAGCGCUCCACCAGAGGAACCAGAGGUGAUUCCUCAAAUCAGCCUUGUGCCCACACUGGCUCUGCUGCUGGGAUUGCCCAUCCCAUUCGGGAACAUUGGAGAAGUGAUGGCUGAGCUGUUCUCAGGGGGCAAGGAUGCCCAGCCCCUCUCCUCUGCUCUAGCCCAAGCCUCGGCCCUCCUUAUCAAUGCCCAGCAGGUGUCCCGCUUUCUUCACACCUAUUCAGCAGCCACUCAGGACCUCCACAUGACGGAGCUCCGUCAGCUGCAGCACCUGUUCUCCAAGGCCUCUGCUGACUACCAGCGGCUUCUGAAGGACCCGCUGGGGACCGAGGCGGCGCUGAAGACUGUGACUGCAGAGCUGCAGCAGUUCCUGCGGGGAGCCCGGGCCCUGUGCCUCGAGUCUUGGGCGCGUUUCUCUCUGGUCCGCAUGGCGGGGGGUGCCAUUCUCUUGGCUGCUGCCUGCUUUCUCUGCAUGCUGGCAUCUCAGUGGGCAACAUCCCCAGCUUUCCCCUUCCGUUCCCUACUUCUGGUCCCUGUGGCCUGGGGCUUGACUGGGGCCAUUGUGUCUGCUGGACUGCUGGUGGCCACCGGGCUAAAGUUGGACCUGGUGGUUCUAGUGGCAGUGGCUGCAAUGGGCUCCCUCCUGCCUUCUCUGUGGAAAGCCUGGACCAGCUGGGGGACCAGGAAGCCGCUCACAACCCUGUUUCCCAUCCCAGCGCCCAUCCUGUUGCUUCUGCUCAUUCGCUUGGCUGCAUUCUUCUCCGAUAGCUUUGUUGUAGCUGAGGCCAGGGCCACCCCCUUCCUUUUGGGCUCGCUCAUCUUGCUGCUUGUGGUGCAGCUUCACUGGGAGGGCCCGAUGCUACCACCCAAGCAGCUCACAGUACCCCGCCUUGGCUCUUCUACUCUAACAGGCCCCCCACGGCACAGUGGCACAUAUGCCCUGGGGCUCGGAGUUGGCUUGCUUUUAUGUACAAGGCUAGCUGGGCUUUUCCAUCGCUGCCCUGAAGAGACACCCGCUUGCCACUCCUCUCCGUGGUUGAGUCCGCUGGCAUCCGUGGUGGGUGGUCGAGCCAAGAAUCUGUGGUAUGGAGCUUGUGUUGGGGCCCUGGUGGCCCUGUUAGCCUCUGUGCGCCUCUGGCUUCGCCACUAUGGGAACCUCAAGAGCCCUGAGCCCCCCGUUCUUUUUGUACGUUGGGGGCUGCCCCUGAUGGCACUGGGCACCGCUGCCUACUGGGCGCUGGCUUCAGGAGCAGAUGAAGCGCCGCCACGGCUCCGGGCCCUGGUGUCGGGGGCAUUGGCUGUGCUGCCUCGGGCAGUGGUGGGGCUGGCCGCUUCUGGGCUCCUGCUGCUGCUCUGGAGGCCCGUGACGGUGCUGGUGAAGGCUGGAGCCAGUGCCCCAGGGACCAGGACUGUCCUCACUCCCUUCUCAGGCCCCCCCACUUCUCAGGCCGACCUGGAUUAUGUGGUCCCUCAAAUCUACCGGCACAUGCAGGAGGAGUUCCGGGGCCGGCUUGAGAGGGCCAGGUCUCAGGGUCCACUAACAGUGGCAGCCUAUCAUUUGGGGAGCGUCUACUCGGCUGCCAUGGUGACGGCCCUCACUCUGUUGGCCUUCCCACUCCUGCUGCUGCAUGCAGAGCGCAUCAGUCUUGUGUUCCUGCUUCUGUUCCUGCAGAGCUUCCUCCUCCUGCACCUGCUGGCUGCCGGGAGCCCUGUCACCACCCCUGGCCCAUUCACUGUGCCCUGGCGGGCAGUCUCAGCCUGGGCCCUCAUGGCCACACAGACCUUUUACUCCACGGGCCACCAGCCUGUCUUCCCUGCCAUCCACUGGCAUGCAGCCUUUGUGGGAUUCCCAGAAGGCCAUGGAUCGUCUACUUGGCUUCCUGCUCUGCUAGUGGGAGCCAACACCUUCGCCUCCCACCUUCUCUUUGCAGGUUGUCCACUGCUCCUGCUCUGGCCCUUCCUGUGUGAGCGUCAAGGGCCAAAGAAGAGACGUCACCUCCCAGGGCAGGAGACUGAAACCAAAGUCAGGCCUGAGGAAGAGGAGGAGGAUGGGGAGGAGCCACUGAUGGAGAUGCGGCUCCGGGACGCCCCUCAGCACUUCAACGCAGCGCUGCUGCAGCUGGGCCUCAAGUACCUCUUUGUCCUUGGCAUCCAGAUUCUGGCCUGUGCCUUGGCAGCCUCCAUCCUCCGCAGGCAUCUCAUGGUCUGGAAGGUGUUUGCCCCCAAGUUCAUUUUUGAAGCCUUGGGCUUCAUUGUGAGCAGCGUGGGACUUCUCCUGGGCAUAGCUCUGGUGAUGCGAGUGGAUGGUGCUGUGAGCUCCUGGUUCAGGCAGCUAGUUUUGUCCCAGCAGAGGUAGCCUAGGCUGUCGUGGCUGCUGGCACUGUGGGAGCUGGAGGACAAGUCAGCCUGGCCCAUCCAGGCACUGGAUGAUCUUCUGCAGACGCCUGGCCUCACCAUCUCCUACCGCCAUGCAGCCAGGGGCUGCUGGCUUCUGGGACUUCACUAUAAUUCAGAGUUAUAGUGGAUCGCUUCUCGGCCUUUUGGCUAAGAUCAAGUGGAGAGUUACAGUCUAGAAUGGUCCAUGACCUUAGGCUUGGAUGCAUCUGAGGGACUAAGAAUUUGGUCUCCCAAGAAGAAUAAAAUAUUAAUGUAAAUAUGUGUGUGAGAAAUGUAGGGGAAACUUCCGUGUCCUGUAAGGGUCUCUCCCUUUGCCAUGCAACACAUUGCUGAGAAUGAGAAGCAGCUCAGGCGUCACGGAACACGAGCUCUACUGUCUGAAGUCUGGAACAGCACUGAGUAACUUCCUUUGCUGGGUCUUUGCUGCCCAAGAGCCUUUGCCCUUCACUGGUGUGGGAAUCUUGCUGACUUCCCAGCUGUGCUGCCUUGUGUCAGACCUCCCCGACCUUACAGAGCAUUCUGUAACAUGGCCCAUCGAUUAUUCCUAAUUGAACCAAAC